CCCGCGGCGUGCGACGUCCGUGGCUCUGUCGCGCGAGCGCGGGGCCUCUGCGCUGCGCCCCGCGUCUCAAAACAACAAAACAGAGGGCCCGGUGGCCCCAUUGUGUUGUCGCGUCGGCGGCGGUGGCGCAGAGCUCUCGGGGAAACCGCGCCGCGCAUUGUGGCCGCGCCGCGCACCGCUUCCUGAGCCUUUUUCCUGCCAGAGGCGGCCCCCACCCCGGGGUCGAGCCUCCGGGCCCCUUUCCGUUUCGUCUUCUCGCGACGGCGGCGGCGGCGGCGGCAGCGGAGUCUGAGUGAGGACGCGGCGAGGGUGCGGGGGGGUUUGGUCUGCGCGCGUGCGUGCAGGAGGAGCGCGCGCGAGCGAGGGCUUCUGUGCGUCAAGGUCGACUCGAACUCAAAUUCGUGCCUGGUGGGCAGGAGUUGCGGGGACAGGCGCGUGCGCCUUCUCCGCCACUCGGGCAGACACACCGACGACACGAACAGCUCACUGAGGAGACAAAGGCGGCAGGGCGUGGUGCUGCCUCCUACCCCCAUCGUGUUCCUUGUCGACUUUCAUAGGGGUCUGUUCGUGUAUCCGCUGCCGUGGCGAUGAAGACGCGAGCGCUGUACGAGCGGCGCACGUGAGCGCGGAUCUGCGGACAUGGAGGAUGGCGCCCCUCUGCGCGCCACAGUAACCGGGGAGCCCAACCGCGGCGAGACCUCCGUCUCCGCCGCCCCUCGAGUCGCCUCCAAGCCGCCACUCGCGCCCAAGCCGCAGCUCUCGAGGCCCGCGGUCGCCAGCGAGCUUCGACAGCUCGCGAGCCCCGACGGAAACGCGUGCGUCUCAUCGGACAGCAGCAGCAGCAACAGCAGCAACAACAACAACAGCAGCAGCAGAAGCAGCAACAGCAGCCGAAGCAGCAGCAGCAGCAGCGGCGGCAGUCACGGCGACGACGGUCGGGGAGAGCCUGCGGGCGAGAGCGCUGCCGCUCCCGUCGGACGCUUGUCCGAUGAUCGUCCCGACAUCAUCAGCACGGGCCACGUGACGCCCUGCUCGUGUCCCGCGCACGAUAAGCGCGCUCCCGGCGAGCUCCGCAUGCCCGAGUUCGUGCCCCACCACGGGGGCCCUGCUCAGCGGAGCCUCUCCUACUCGUGGCCCGAGGGGGCCCUGACGGCGCGCUCGUCGCUCGCGAUGGAGGAGGCGGCGUCUCUGUGCCAAGCGCGCUCGCGAGUUCGCUCUCUGGGCCCCGGGAUGGGCUGCGCGGGCGGGGGCACGGGACCGAGGCGCGCGCGGCGCUUGUUCUUCAGCCACUUUCACGACGGGGAAGGUCGCGGAGACCUCCACCUGUGGGAGCUUCAUCUGUCCCACGCCAGCGCGACGCAGCGCGCGGUCAGAGCCGCCGAGGGAGCUGAUGACGAUCACAACGACGACGACGAUGAACACGUCGAUGGUGACGAUGGCGACGAUGACGACGAUGACGAUGACCAGGAAGGCAGUGCAAAUGUCAGCGAUGGCUUCGUGGAAGCGCGGCAGCGAGCGGACGAGGCGAGCGGGGAGGCGGCGUCUCUGGAGGACGCGAGCGUGGCGCAAGGCAGCGGGCCGCACGAGGAGACGGAGCGCGUGGCCCCCGCUCCUCACUCCGCGGACGAGACUGAAGCCGCGCGGCCACUGGACGAGUGCGCCUCACGUUCUGGACGAGAAGGUGCCGAUUCCGAGAUUGCGACUGAGAAUACAGAUUCACUCGCGGAGCAGCAGGCGGAGGAGGAGGAGGAGGACGAGGAGGCGGCGGCGGCUCGUGCUCCCCCCACAGGCGGGGGCCAAGUUGCGCCCCAGCACUCCGUUGUCGAGGCCUCUCCUCUCGCCAAGUCGCAGCCGAGCACCGCGAGCGGACAGGAGGAUGACCACUACUGCGAGGUGGACUUCCUCGUGUCCCUCGCGGCGGAGGAGAGCUCGGACGGUCUCUACUCGGAGAUCCACGGCAUCAAGGACUGGAUCAGCAGCCUCUCCCUCAGCCCGGAGCGAAGGGGCCUCCUCUCGCGAGUCAAGUCCCUCACGGGAAGCUCGCUGUUCCACAGAGCGCUGGCCGACGACAGCGACACGCACUCCGACACGUGCUCCGAGGGCUCCUUCACGGGCACGCCGCGCAGCCUCAGCUGCGGCAGCCGCCUCGUCAAGGAGCGCUCCUGCGAGCAGGUGGCGAGGAGCAGGGUCGGGGGAGGCGCCCCCCCACCCUCCGCCGGCUCCCCUCGGCCGUGGGGGGGCGCCCCCGGCGGCGGCGGCGGGCAAGACCCCCAGCACGCGCCGCCUCGCCACGGCGCCGCGAUGUCGCCCUUGGAGCGGAGGAAGCGCCCCGAGUUCUCGCCGCCGUCGCCCCUCGCGGCGAGGGGGCCUCGCGGGGGCGCGCGCGCCCCGCCGCCGUGGGGGUCGAACCCGGGCGCGUCUUCCGUCGGGGACAUCCCGCCGCCCUUCGAGCUGGCGCCCAUCACGAAGAAGCCGCUCGCCAAGAGCUCGCCGUCCAUCCUCAUGACGCUGGAGCCCCAGGACAACAAGCACGCGUCGAAGCGCGCGUCCAAAAAGAAGAGCUCCCUCAAGCGCCUGCUGCCCUUCAAGAUCUCGGUGAGGAAGAAGCACGCGGAGCAGCCCAAGUGGCCGUCGGAGGGCGCGGGGCUCCACGCGCGCGGCGCCGAGGCGGACGAGCGCAGGCACAAGGGGCCGCGCGCUUCCCCGGGGAUCCAGCGGGUCAUGGCUCUCGGGGCGCGCGGCUCCAAGGAGCACGGCAACAACAACAGCGGCGGCGGUGGCAGCAGCAGGCACAACUACAGCGGCAGCAGCAGCAGCAGCAGGAUCUGCCGGGUGGAAUCGUUUGAGAGUCGCCCACGACCGCCGCACGCGCCCCAUCCGCUCACCAAGCCGCGCUCCAUCUCCUUCCCCAACCCGAGUCCCUGCACGGAGUACGAGAACGUGCCGGUGGCCAACAGCGACUACGAGAACAUGACGCCGCCCGUGCGCAAGAGCAGCAAGCGGUUCGCGGCCAAGGCGAGUCAGCCCAGGGGCUUCUUCGGCGACGAGGCGGGCGCGCGGGGCAGCGGCGGGCAGAGUUGCAGAGGGGUCCCGCGCAGGGAUGCGGAGGGCAGGGGGUCCGGGGAACGCGGCAGCGACACGGACGGAUACGUGGACAUGAGCAACUUCCCGUGUCUGGAGGCGCGGCGAGCUCCGAGCUGCUCGUCCAGCAGGAGCGACGCGACACCGGGGGGGAGGGCGGGGAACUACGGAGCGGACGCGCCGUCCGAGGAUGACGACGACGAGGACGAGGAGGAGGAGGGCGGUCCGGGCUCGAGGCUCCACCACCACCAUCACCACCACCACCCCAGCGCUCCACGCACCGCUCAGACAGAGGAGGAGAAGCGGAGCCGUGCAUUUGAAAUUGCUCGAGAAAUCAUGCGCUCGGAGAAAAGCUUUGUUGAGUCUAUCAAGUUGCUCCAUUUGGAGUUCCGUGACGCCGUGGCUCACGCGGGCCACGCGCAGGGCUGGCCCGUGCUGGAGGACCGGGCGCUCGGACAGAUCCUCUCCUACCUGCCGCAGCUCUACGCGCUCAACCGCGAGCUGCUGCGAGACUUCGUGGAGCGCGUCUCACGCUGGGAGGAGAGUCCCCGCAUAGCGGACGUGUUCGUGCGCAAGGGCCCUUACCUGAAGCUCUACUCGGCCUACGUGCGCGAAUUCGACAACAACAUCGCCGUGCUGGACGAGAGCUGCCGUGCCGUCCCGGCCUUCGCAGCGCUCGUGCGAGAGUUCGAGAGGAGAACGUGCUGCGGAAAUCUUCCGCUCAAACACUUCUUGCUCAAGCCCGUGCAGAGGAUCCCGCAGUACAAGUGGCUCCUGACCGAUUACUUGAGGCAUCUGUCCCCGGAAUCUCCAGACUACGCGGACACACAGGCUGCCAUCGCCAUCAUAAGUGAAGUGGCAUCUCACACCAACGACUGCAUGCGCCAAGGGGAUAACUUCCAGAAGUUGCUCCAAAUUCAGCAGAGUCUGCAGGGCAGCCCCGAGGUGGUGCGGCCAGGACGCGUUUUUCUCAAGGAAGGAACUCUGUUUAAGCUGUGCCGGAAAGCGCUCCAGUCUCGCAUGUUUUUCUUGAUGAACGACGCUCUUCUGUACGCCACAGCCCAGCCGAGCGGGCGCGUGAAACUCAACAGCGAGAUCUGCCUGGGCAGCCUGCAGGCGAGCAAGCCAGCGGUGGAGACGCUCGCCAACGAGCUACACUUUACGACUCCCGAGAAGACGUUCAUUCUGUCGGCAAGCUCUCCAGAGGAGCGGGACGCAUGGCUCCUCAUCGUGUCUAACGCUGUGGAGGACUUCAAGCGUAAGCGCUCGACUUUUCGCAGUGUGGGGCAGACCGCAGGCGAGGAGGGUGGCGAGGCUCGGGAGGGGAAGCCGGGCUCCCCGCUAGGGACCCAGGCCCCGCCGUGGAUCCCCGACGCCCGGGUGCCGCUCUGCAUGAUCUGCCUCUCCAGCUUCUCCCUGACGUGGCGGCGCUACCACUGCCGCGCGUGCGGGAAGAUCGUGUGCCGCGCAUGCUCCGCUCACAAGUUCCCACUCAAGCACCUCCGGGACAAGCCGGCCAAGGUGUGCGACCCGUGCUACAGCUCGCUGCACGGCGCCUCGGAGAUUGUCUCGCCGAGCGUCCCCUCUCCACGCCCCCCUGAGCGUCGCCACAAGGACCGGCCGCAGCACGGCCCGCGAAAGGCCGCCGAGCCCAGCGCGAUGAGCGGGCCCCUGGAGAGGAUGCGCGGAGGCAAGAAGCACUGGAAGUGCCUGUGGUUCGUGGUGCGGGACCGCGUGCUCUACACCUACCGCACCAGCCAGGACGCGGCGCCGUGUGAGACGCUGCCGCUGGACGAGCUCACGGUGACGGUGCCGGUGCUGCCCCCGGCGCCGCACGCGGCUCACCCGACCUUCCAGCUGCUGCAGCGCGGGCGCGCCGUGUUCACGUUCCGGGCGCCCGACACCGACACGGCGCAGAGGGCAGCCGUUGAAACAGCGGGCCCGAGAACGUGGGUGGAGGCCCUGCAGGAGGAGUUCCUGUAGCUAACGCCGGCACCACCACCCGCGCCGCAGCCACCGCCCGGGGCUCCGCCCUCGCCGCCGUCUCUACGGCCACCGGCGCGUUCCUCGCCGCCGCGACCAGGGGGCUCUC